CGUGCUGUCUAGUGUAGGGCAGUAGAAUAGCGAGUAAAACUUGUUGAAUGCUUUUGUUGCCGUGAGCGCUUGACAGCCAGAUACAGAACCGCUUACUUUUUAAUCAGUUUCGUUUCGAUUUGUAGCUACAACUUGUCUGUCUUCUCAAAGUAAUUUGAUUUUCGACUUUAAAGUAAUUAAAAAUGAGUAAUGGAAAAGUUUUAAUCUAUGGCGGACGUGGAGCGCUAGGUGCCGCCUGUGUUCAGCACUUCAAAAACAACAAUUGGUGGAUCAGUUGUAUCGAUCUAGCAGAAAACGAAGCCGCGGAUGUCAAUAUUGUUGUGAACCGUGAUGAUGACUGGAUUGCCCAGGAAAAGAAUGUGCUUUCGAAGGUGGAAUCGUCACUGAAUGGAGAUAAGCUGGAUGCUGUGAUCUGUGUUGCUGGGGGCUGGGCUGGAGGCAACGCAUCAAAAGAUCUUGCCAAAAAUGCGGAUCUUAUGUGGAAACAAUCAGUUUGGUCGUCCGCUAUCUCGGCUACGGUCGGUGCAAACUAUCUCAAGAGUGGUGGCCUUUUGGCCUUGACUGGUGCUAAUCCGGCCUUAUCUGGUACCCCUGGUAUGAUUGGCUAUGGAAUGGCGAAAGCAGCUGUGCACCAGCUCACGAAAAGUUUGGCCGGAAAAGAUUCUGGCUUGCCAGACAAUUCGUUGGUGGUGUCUAUUCUGCCAGUGACACUAGAUACUCCGAUGAACCGUAAAUGGAUGCCAACCGCUGAUUUUGGAACUUGGACUCCUCUGGAAUUUGUGGCGGACCUGUUUCUCAAAUGGACCAAAGGCGAGAGCCGCCCUACAAACGGAAGUCUUGUGAGACUGAUAACUAAGGAAUCUAAAACCGAGUUAGUUAUGGCUGAUUAGAACUCCCCACGAAUCAUCACCUACAUUGUUGCUCUCUUUAGUACUGUUGUGCUCUUACAUUCCUGAAUUGCAGAGAGUCUUAUGUGCGCUUUUCUUUUUUUUUUAUUGCAAUAAAUACGCUCCUAGAGCGGUUACCGCUUCA